CAACGCGGGGACAUGACAUGUUUUUCUGCGCGUAGGGUCUGUUUCAAAUGAUCCUCUGCCAUACUUCCCCGGUUAUAUGCGAUCCGGACUAAGAACCUUUGCUGCUGCAGUGUUUCUCGUUCUACGUGCGCAUAGACCCGGGAGCCCGCUCCACAGCCGUCCGUUCGCCUAUGAAACAUCUUGAUCUCUUCCCGAUCUAAAGUGGCGACUGUCUUGAACAAACUCAACUCCCUCCCCGAUCAUCGACGGAAAACUGCGCCAAGAUUGCUGCGGAACUCUCAGAUCGAGCCGACUGGGCUCGAACAGCUUCGGACAAGAGUCGAAGCGGGAUGUGAACAAGCUGGGUGUUCUGGGGCGCUGCCAAAUGAGCUCCACGGUGGGAAAGUAGGCUGUUCGAAUUCUGCAACGAAUACCGCACAAGGCGCGCACUUAGUGACUUCGUGAACAAGAGUUAUAAAUAGUAUGAGACGUGUGUUAUUGGUUCGAGCUCAUGCAGUAUUCAGGCCGGGACUGAUAACCUUCAACGACAAGGAGAUUACGUUCAUUGGGGCGAACAAAACUGAACCGAGUUUGUAAUGAUUCUUGUAUUUUCCGAGUACAUGUACUUAACAGCAGAGGAUAUAAAAGUGGGAUACAGUCAAGAUAGUCAAAGCAUGGCACGAGUACAAGCAUUUGUACAUAUUGUAUUGCAAUGUUUCAAGUAAUCAAGCAAUCGAGUCACAGUCAUAAAGCAAUCGAGUUCCUAUGAUGAAGCAAUCAAGUUCCAGUCAAAAGCAAUUGAAUCCAAAGCAGUCAUCCCGAGCAGAGAAAUCAAAUCCGUCCAAUGAAGCAAUCGAAACCAAAUGCAAGCAGUCCGUUCGUUCUUUGUCGGUCGGCGUGGUCUUCCAUGACUCUCCACCGCAACACAUCACCGCCUCCGUCUCUGACUCAAUCCCCUCUCCAUCGGCCCCAGCACCUGUCCGACCCUCGCGCUCUGGUUGCGCACCAUCCGGCGCGGCGCAAAUCCACACUCAUGCGGCGUUCCAGCCACCGGCACGCGUCGCAUCUGAUCAAGCACCUCUCGUCCCGGCCCGCGGCGAGUCCGCCGGCGAUCGAACCCGCGCUGCCCGGGAAUACCAGCCACCGGCAGACGGACGACCCGGACGACCGCUCCGGCUGCGCGCUGCCUGCUCGAGCGCGCGAAGGACCCUCUGUGCCCAGGGACGGCGGGGAUGGGCAUCCGCGUCGUUGCCUGAUUCGGCAUGGACUUGCGCUGGGGCGGGGCGGCGACUACGGCUGCAGCUGCUCUGGAUGGGUUCUCGAUGGAUCCUCGGCGACAGGAGAUCGCGGCGACGGGCAUCUGCUUCGACAUCUUACUCGGGAUGGACUGGACGUCUCCAGCACCCUGUCUCGGCAUCGGCAUCCGCACGGCGCCCUUUACCCUCCGUUUGACUCCCUGCCUCUGAGGAGCAGGAUGUGCGCCAGACGCUCCGCUCUGCAACGCCGAAGGGGCCUCUGAAUCCAGGCUCGGCAAAGCACACACCACCGGGAUGCUGCUGACCGCGGGCGGCAACACUCUCCUCACUCUCUUCUCGCGGGCUGGUAGCAGGAAGCAGUCAAUCUGGAGCACCGUGUCCCUGAUCUGUUUGAGUGUUGGUCGGUUCCGAGCAGCGGGGUCCAGCAUCCAGCGGAUGAAAUUCGUCGCGGGAACGCUAAGCCGGACGUAUUUGUUCAGGAAGGCGACGGGAUCGGUGCGGAAGGCGGCGUAUCGUUUGUCAGAGACAUGCGCAGCUUCCCAGGGGUAGCUCCCAGUGACGAGAACUACGAAGGUGAUGGCUAGCGCCCAGUAGUCGCAUUCCCUGGCAGAGUAGACACCGGAUCUACCGGCCUCCAUAGCCUCUGCGAGACGCAGAUCAGAUGACACGGACUGGACAGCGAGCAGGGGUCCACGCACCGGGACUCAUGAACGACGUCG